UGGGGUUUCAGAAAGCCGUGACCCACGACGGCUUCAGUGAGAAGUGCGGGUGGGAAAAGGUUUUAAAUUUGUGAGCAAAAGAAAGUGAUCCGUUUCGGGGGAAGGGCUAAAGUUGAAAUAAAAACGGGAGCAUUUGGGCGCCACAAAAUGGCGGUCAGCAAUAUAGUGUGCGAGUGGCUGCGGGCCCUCGGCUUAGGGCAGUACGCGGAAAGUUUUCUCGACAACGGGUACGACGAUCUGGAGAUCUGCAAACAGGUCGGGGAUCCGGAUUUGGAUGCGAUCGGGGUGGAAAAUCCGCAGCACCGUUCGAAGCUUCUGAAAAGUGUGCGGCUCCUGAGGGAAAAGGGCGCAGCCAGUGUCUACUUCCAGCUGAACGAUCCCAAAUCGCUGCUCUCGGACAACAGCGACAGCUUGGAGCGGGACAAUUCGCCGCUGAUGCUGAGUGAACUGGAAGCGCUGCUACAGGAACAGCUGAAGGGCGAUGGCGUUUGCUUGACGGCGCAUCCCUACUCGACACCGGACGGCGGCCGGGGACACCUGGAAGGGCUGGCUUCGGUUUACUGCGAGAUGCUGAUGGCUCCGUUCGGGGAAGUUCUGGCCGCCCUGGAAGAAGCCCGACUUAGGGCCUGGUCCGAGCGAAGUCCCCACAGCUCUUCCGGUGGCAGUGGCAGUGCUAGUGGAGGAGGUGGACCACAUCAUCAUCACCACCAUCAGCAUCACCAGCAUCAUCCGCCGCGAUCAUCCGGGGGCCAUCAUUCGGGCCAUCGGGGGAGUUCCAACUAUGGCGGUCUCCCCAACAGUCACAGCCAGCCGAUCUACGUGCCCGGAAAGUAUUCGCCGUCCAGUUGUCUGUCGGACAAGGAAGAGGACGAAAUUUAUGGCUUCGGCUAUGGAGUGUUUGCCCCAAGGGUAGCUCGACAGCAGCAACAGCAACAACAGCAACUCAAUUCCCAACAACAACAACAGCAACAAUCUCAGAAAAGUCAACCAACACAAUCACAAAAUAGCACCAAUGUACCUGCGAGCAGUGCGGCCAUGCAGCAAAGCUGUUUGAGUCCACGUUCGGCGUAUUUUUACGAAUUUCCACCCACUGAUGGUCGAGAGACGAGCAAGAAGCGUACGACGCUGGCCCGUCUGUUGAGAGGACUAAAGACUGUGAAUCGACGUGAUAGAUCGAAUCAAAGCAACGGCGGCGGAAGCUCCAGUAGUGGCAGUGCCGGGGCCGGAAGUAGCAGCAGCGGAAGUAACCACGCCGGAACGGCAACGAUGGCCAGGCCACAAAACGAAAGACUGAGACAUUUUCAAAUGAAUGGCGGUGGACCGCAGCCAAGUUUCGAGGAAACCAUUCAGAGGCUCAAAAUUCAGGAAGCGUUAAGGAAAAAGGAAAAAUUUCAGCGAGAGCACGAAGAGAUUCUUCGAGACAUUCGUCAAGGACUGAUGCAGCUCAAUCGAGACUCGAGAGAUGACACCUACAUGUACGACGAUGCGAUUGUUACCAGUAGUGGGAUGCGGAUGCCCCAUCAGGGUCACUGGUAUGAUGAGCCCCCGUAUGAGAGCGAUCCGGAUGAUUUCCUGAUGUCCGGGAUGCGGUACGCAGGAGGUGGAGGCGUGGGCGUUGGAGGAGCGCCAGGAGGGCCCUCGGCCACGAUACAGGGAAGUCGCGUUUGCUACACCUCUAAUGGAAGGGAAGGCCAAGGCGUGAUAUCGCUCCGGUCGGCCGGGGACAUUUCGAUACCGCAGCGAGGUCCCGUAAGGCGGGGGCUCAUCGUGCCCCAGCAACCUCCGAACCCGCCGACCAUCAUCCCGCUCAAGCAUGCAAGGUCUCACGAUCGGGAAAGCGGUGACUAUGCCGGAUCUAUAUCAGACCUACACAGUGUUACCUCCCGACUUAGCCAAGUUUCGCUCGGCACAAACAACUGCACUGCCAGGUAUCGCACACUGAGUGGGGGCAUGGGAGACGAAUCGCCCUCCCCCUCCCCAACACCCUCAUCGGAGUACGAUGACAUCCUGCUGCAGAAGCAGCUGCACCACCACAAUCAUCUGCAUCAGCUGAAGCUCCUGGAACAGCAGCAGCAACAAAAUGGAACCGGAACAGGAGCUUCCGGUGGUGGGAUUGAUGGAACUUCCGGGAUCGGAGGGCCUCCACCGGGUGGGACCGCGAAUGGGGGGAGUAGUGGCUCCGGGAGUGGGCCAGGUGGUUCCGGAACAAUCGGAGGACCAGCUGGUGCAGGAACAGCUGGAACAGGAACAGGAGGAGGAGGAGGACUGGGAAUCGGUAGUGGCAGCAGUAGUUCAAAGAAUGGAGUCAACCAUCUCAAGAACCUGAAGGCGGCCAAGAACCGGAACAAUCUAUCAUCGUCGCUGGCAGCGGCCUCAGCGCACAAUAAAAACCUAACGAUAAGUCAACAAAUAGCUUUAGUACAUCAUUCCAAUGACGCUAGGACAUCACCAAAGGACCAUCUGCUGGGAUCGGCCAAUUCCGGAGGGCUUGGCCGGAACAACCGGGACUACAGCAACUGCCUGGAUAGCAUCAGCGACCAAACGACCUUCCAGAAUUCGGCCAGCUCCGUCGAAAGUCUGCCCAGCGCUUCUGGAUCCAGUACCCAAGCUCUGGUCCGACCCGGAAGUCCCCACAGCUCCCUCUCGGCCGAGGAUCGAACCACCAUGAUUCCGAUCUGUCGGGCGAUUGCCCUCAUCGAUUGCAAUCCCAAUCCGUACGAUAAAGAAGCGCUCAGGUUUAAGAAAGGAGACAUCAUCGAUGUGCUGUCGAUGAACGCGUCCGGAGUAUGGCGGGGGUACGCGAAUGGGCGUCUCGGCCAUUUCAAGUUCAUCAGCGUGGAAGUGCUGCCAGAUCAUCCGAUUGGCGGUGUUGUUGGCUGUUACGGGGGCAAGCUGCUUGGACGGGGUCGGAUACCUACGAGUUGUCCCACCAGUGUCGAGGAACUGCUGCUCCGGAUAGGGCUGAAGGAGUACACUUCCGUUUUUGUGCUCAAUGGGUACGAAGAUUUGGAGCUGUUCAAGGAGCUGGAACCAAAUGACCUGGACUAUCUGGGGAUUGGAAACACCGAGCAUCGGGCCAAAAUUCUGGCAGCGGUGCAACUCUUGCAUGAUCUUGAUUCAACCUCAGACGGCGAAGUGGCCGGUUCAAGUUCCGAAAACGACGAAGGUCUUCGGCUGUCCAGUCACAUGAAGGGCAGUGGAGGAGGCGGUUCUUCGUCAUCCUCCUCAACAACGAAAACGCAUCAUGGCGGCAUGCAACAACACCCCCAACAUCCGCAGCAGCAGCAGCAGCAACAGCAGAACCACCAAACGUCACCCUUCGGGAGGAGGCACUUCCCGCGGGACUCCGGCUGUUACGAGGGAUCUCCAGUUCCCUCGUCCAAUGCCAGCAGCCGCCAUUUGACCCAUCAGCAGGAUCAUCCGGGCGGACCGGCAGGGACCAAAAUACCUUCGAGUGGAUCCCUGGAGUACGAAACGAACAAUCUGGACUCGGUUGUGGCCCAGUGCUCUAAUGAGAUCUUGAAACGGGUCGAGUACGCCAAACGGUACAAGGACGAUGUGGUCGUCGGUGGUGGGGGAAAUCCUUUCGUGUCGGGAGGAGGUGGAGGAGGCGGGGGUGGAGUUAAGACGAUGAACCGGGCGACCAAAAAGGGCGGUGGGUUGUUGGGUGGAGCUGGAGCCGGAGUUGUGGUGGGUGGAGACGAUUUGACCAUCCGGAGUAGCGGGGGAAGCAGUGUGAGUGGAAGUGGGAGUGGUGGGGGUGGAGCUUUGAGUGAGAAAUCGAGCGAUUCCGGCGUGAGCAGUAGCAGUCUGUCCUCGGGACCGAUCAAGAACAAUCUUUAGCGGCGUUCCCUGUUGUUGGUGGCCACAUCGCAUGAACUGGGCUAGUAGGAGGAGUAGGGUAAGAAGAGUAGGGUAGGUGAAAGCAAAGCUUUUUAUGGAAUGUUUUUUAGUCUUUUAAUCUAUCAUUAAGCACACUGCCAAAACCGACGUUAAAGUCUAGAGAGGAAAACAAAGUUUCAGAGAAAAAUGUAUUUUUCUAAUGACGUGAUUUGAUUUGGCUGAUUUAAUUAAUUGAAUGGAGGUGAAUUUAUCGUUUAAUACUGCUUCAGUUUUAACAUAUGUAUACACCGAACGAUACACUUGAAAUUCUGUUUUAACUAGUUAGUUGGAAGCAAAUCUUUUACUUUAAUGUAGAAAAAUGUAGUUUACGAAGUUUACUGGAAUCAAUCCUUAUGAUGAAAUUCAGCGCAUGGAAUGGUUUUAAUAUUCAACACUAGAAAAGUGAUAUUAAUAGUUCGUAUCUCCUUAUGAUGAAAUUCAUGUUGAAAAAUAAUAAAUUGAAGAAUCAACAAGAUAACUUUACUAGUUAAACCAGGCCCGUGCGAAAGAUUUUUCCAAGGGGGGUUUUUGAAAUUUAACUCCAGUCAGAAUUUUUUUUAUUUUAGGGGAGAGUGAGGUAACGUGGGCCACUUUGAAUACCGCAAAUGUGUGUUGAGAUACAAAUCUCAGCCCAACUGUCCUCUUCGUCGCUUUGCGUUAGCAUAUUUUUCUACAUCUUGUUGACUUAUGUACGUAUUAUAUGAUUCUUUUAUUUGUCAAGCUAAAAAAAAUUAACUACUUAAUUAAACAAGCAACCGCAAAUUGGAUCGGUGGGAAACCUAAAGUUCAUUACAAAAAUAUACUCAUACGCUUAUGAUCUUAUUUUUGUCAUGUUUUUUUACGUGGGAAAGGAAUUUUUGAUGGGUCAUCAAUAAGUCACACAAACGCAACCAAUUUGCAAAUCAUAGCAUGUGGAGAA